GUCCACUAGUCGACCGCUUUCGGUAACGGAAGGAGCACUGACUGAGGGAACAUCGUCAUGGCCAGAUAUAUUGCGCCGACAAGCAGGUUCGUUUGUUGGGAUGGACUCCCAGCAGGCUUAUAUGACUCUGCCAGGCAGUGAUACACCGAUCCCAGUUCAAGUAGACUACUCCCAAGCAUCAAAGAAAGCGGACGAAAAGAGACAACGAAAUGCAAAAGCCUCGACGCGCCACCGCAGAAAGAAGAAGACUCUUCAGGAGGAGAACUUGAAACACCUGCAGGAACUGAAGGAAGAGCGACAGCAGAUGCUGCAGCAAAUAGAGGAACUCGAAAACCAGCGGGACUUUUACAGGAGCGAUCGCAACCGGCUCAGAGAUAUUGUGUCCCGGACGCCGGCUGUAAGCAACCAUGCAGCCGGGCCACCUAGUCCGGUGCUAUCGAAGAGUAUCAGCUUUGUGGAUAGAAGCCCCUUAAUGCAGUCUCAUCACAUUCCCACCCCUACUCAAGGUUAUCUGAGCGAAGUGUCAUCGGCAGAGCGGCCCGUACCGGUUCGGCGCACAGACGAUCGCCCAGAUUUCUCGCCUCCGAUGUAUGGUGCUCUGCCCGGUGGUCCGCCGCACAGCCUCCCGUCGAUGCACAACCAAGCCUAUGGCGCACCUCCACCGAGGCCCCCAUCCGCAACUUCUUCAACGAGUGGAGAGAGACUGCCGCCGUUACGAGUGAUGGAGGGACCGCCUCCCAUGUCAGGACUGAUCCAUGGGCAUCCUCAAGAACAAGAUCUGAGAACUGGGCAGUGGAGGGCAGCGCACCCAUCCCAUCUAGAAACCGGUUGGGCAACUGCGCCAAGAAAGCAUCAAGACAGCCCCCGCUGGUAACAAUUUCAAGCCGCCUGCUGUGCGACUUCGAAUAUGGCUCUCCCCCUGAUAUGUACGUGCUACAUCGGCAAUGAUGUAGCGCCUCACGGACCAAUCUCACCCAUACUUAUAAUAUCUCAUCAUUUCCAUGAGACUAAUUUUCCCCUUUGGACUUGGACACAACAACUAAUUUUUUUUUUGGAGUUUCUGGCUUGUACCAGCGCAAAUACAAUCUACGUCGGGCAACCGAUAUUUCUGAUUAUACGCAUAGUAAUUCGCCUCUACCACACUAUUCAUUUCUUUAAUCACACCCUUGACACUAUCAUUUUAUACAUUCCUGUUGUCCGGUUAACCAAGCAACCGGCCUCUAUCUAUGCUUGCUUAAUCUAUCUGUGGACUUGAGAUAGCAGAGGGCUUCUUCUCUCUUCCUCGUUUCUAUGAGAAUGACUUGCUCAACCGCAAAAAAAAGUCGAAUAUCAAAAUAGAAGAAGUUGAAUGAAUCAACUUUUUGAUUCAAUACUACAUUCGUUUGUCUAUCUAUUUAUUUGUUAUGAAAUGUUUGCCCUGAGGGGUGUCCACCUACGACCAGCGAAGAGAUACCCCUAGUGGAUCAAUGCUAUACACGGAACAACGUUUUGAAAAUCAGAAAAAUCAUGAAUUUGGGAAGAAUGUAGUAUUCAAUGGAGGCUAUUCAUUCAUUAUAUGCCGCCAUUUGCUCUCAUCAUAUGUUUUUGGAAUUUGGUAUUACUCUGGCUAUAGGAAUAAGGCAGAUAUAUAAUCAGAUUGAUAAAAUUCUUAUUUCCCAAAAAGACUGAAAAGUAUUUUUC